UCAUUUCAACGGGUUUGGCAUGGUGAUGUCAGAUUUGUUCUUUCUUAGUGGGAGGAUCUAGAGAGUUGAGUCACGCAGCUGUCAAAGAGAGCUGUCACCUAAUGAUCAAACACACACUGAGCAAGAAGCAAAGCCAAGGGAACGGGAGAUCUCAGGUACCUCCGACAAUGUGUUUUGUUUCAAACAACUGAACACGCCGGAGAGCCAUUUCAAACACAAAAAGCAGCGAAAACACCACGGAUACAGUUUGGAUUUAAUUUGUCGUGUGGUUGGAAUACAUUGACCGUAAACAACUGCGACUUUGGAAUAUAAAGAAAACAAUCAUUUGCAAGUUUGCUUAAACUGUAUUUUGGACCAAGAUGAAAGCUAAAAAGGGUAUGCUAAUGCUGUCUGGUAGUGAAACCGAGGAUGAUGACAGCAUGGGUGUCCCGCUUGACCUGUCCUCUACAGGCAAUGGGAAGAGGAAAAGACGUGGGAAUCUGCCCAAAGAGUCCGUGGAAAUUCUGAGAGACUGGCUUUAUGAACAUCGGUAUAAUGCAUACCCCUCCGAACAGGAGAAAGCACUUCUCUCCAAACAGACUCAUCUAUCUACACUACAGGUCUGUAAUUGGUUCAUCAAUGCUCGUCGGAGGCUUCUGCCAGACAUGCUGCGAAAAGACGGCAAAGAUCCUAACCAGUUUACCAUUUCACGAAGAGGGAGUAAAAUUUCAGAGUCAAACUUCAUGGAAAGCUCUAUGUCCCCCAAACCCUUGCUUUCUGGGAGCUUGGACGAGAGAUCAUUCCACCCUUCUAACUCAGGACCAAGCCUUUCCAGGAAACCCCUUUCACCAAAGAGCCCUUCUCCAGGUCCAGUGCUUCCCAGACCAUCAGUUAUAUGCCAUACCACCAUCACUGCACUGCAAGAAAGGCCCCUGCAUUACUGCCAAACAAUCAUGGACAAAGCCACAGACUUGCAUUCCACAAAAGUUUCCGGUCUCUUCAAAUGUCAUGAAGAAGCAGAAACAGAAGGUAAUUCGAGCCCUCAGAGUGGGCUUUUCAACACUCCUCCCCCCACUCCUCCUGAUCUCACCCAGGACUUUAGCGGCUUCCAGCUCUUGGUGGAUGUUGCACUGAAACGAGCAGCAGAGAUGGAACUGCAGGCAAAGCAACUUGUGUCUUAAAAUCUCAACUGGAAUGCAAAAAUAGACUGGAUUUACUGACCAAACUUACACACACACACAAAAUUAUUGGUUGAUAUCAAAUUGAUGAUGAGGACUACCGUGUAUUGUUAAGGAUUUUUUUUUUUUUUGCACAAAGGAGGACCAAAAAACAAGGCCACCUUCAACUUUCCUUUUUUUAAUAAUGAUGAAUUUAUUUGCUAAGUAGAUACAGAUGUACUUUAUGUUCCUUACUAAAUAGAGUUUAAAUGGGGUUCUUCAUUUUCAGUUUUUUUUCUCAUUAUUUGGUACUGAUUUGCUGUUACUUUGCCUUGUUUAUUUGCACAUGAGGGUCCAAAUAAGGUCACAUACUUGUCUUAAUGUACAGUUUAUUUUUUGCUGAUCUUAAUCACUAUUAUAGAUCAGGUUCUUAAUUUCAUAUUAAAAAGAGCCUAGUUAUCUUUUGUACCUAUUGUUUUGCAAUGUGAGAUCUCUUUUUUUUCAUUUAGCAAUUUUUACAUUGACUGAGCCUUCCUUCGUAGUGUUUGGGAGUGGGUGUUACCAAUCCUAAUGGGAGGGAUUGUAUUGAAGUUGCUUUUCCCAGGGUAGGUCUGGGUUGCAUUGUACGUUGUUAGGAGUGUGCUAGAGAAACAACACUAAAAUAAUGGAUAGCAUGUAUGAAAGUGCUGGUGCAUGUACCCUAAAAAAAUGUUUUGUUUUUUCAUUUUCAUUUUAGUUUAUGAGUUUCUUUUUACUUUAAUCAACACUGAAUACAUUGUUUAAACAAAUAAAGGACUGAAAUAAAGAACCCUAGGUAUAAAUAAUGUGAGAAGAUACCCGCUUAUGUGAUUUCUUACUUUCAUACUGUGCAGUGGUUGUGACAGAGGUUGCCCACAUGUUGUCUAAAUAAAGUUUCAUUUUGUACAAA